AUGGCUGGCGUUAUAUCAUUAUUCUUGGCAAAAUCUCUGCUCUGGUCCCUGGCGUCUGCUGAUGCGUCAAACCCGAACCCCGAUGGUGAAGGCUGUGUCGACCCAAGCGGCUAUCUUCAAUGUUAUGAGAGCAAUGUGAAUACGCUUACGGCCUGUAUGACUUAUGCGAAGGAUACUUGCGAGGAAGAUGUCUACACAACAUGCGUCCUGGCAUGUGGGAAUGCCCAGUUGGCCGCGAAUAUUGGCUGUUGGUUGACCAGCUGCUGGAAUGAAGUUCGAUGUAUCCAACCUCUCCAACAUUUCUUCACUAGCAAGGAUUUACUGUAG